AUGCAGGCUUUAGAAAAGAAUAUCUCUGAAACCUUAGAUUUCAUCAAGAAGAAGAAUUAUACUGAAGCGAUCCACAGAUUAACAUCAAUUAUCAAUGCCCUCAAUCAGUGCCUGGAUUCUGAAGUUAUUGAAGCACGCGUCGCGCAAGGCUUGACAGAAACUCCCAGUUAUGGUUCUUUAUUCCAUCCCAAGUUGGUAUCGUUACACGAUUAUCGUCAUAGAUGUUAUCUCAAAAACCAACAAGCUUCCAAGGCGUAUGAGGAUGCCAAGGUAAUGAUCAGAUUACAGCCUUUUGGGGUCAAGGGUUAUCUCAGAUGCGGAGCCAUUCUAGAACUGAAGAAGCAUUAUCAAAAGGCAUAUCAAAUAUAUUCCAAAGGCAUCAAAACUAUAUAUGAAGCACAAGAAACCCAAAAUAUCAAUAUCUCUGAGAAUCUAAUGGCCCAAAUAAUGAAUCAAAAAAUGAUGAUUGAAAAGAAAUUGAAACUUAUGGAGAAAAAUGAUCCAUUGCGAAUAAGCACUGACAAAAAAAGAAAGAACAAUGACUCUAAUGAAAUAAACCCCAAGAUCAAACAACAACAAACUAUCGGAUUUAAACCUAAACACCCCAUUAUCUGUGAUCUUGUAUCAUCAUCGACAAAAAAUAAAGGGCUGUCCACCGACCCAAUAUCACAUCUUCCAAUAGAAUUAAUUAUUUUGAUUUUUCGAAAUCUUCCUACUGCAGAAAUUAUCAAUUGCUAUCUCUUGGUUUCGAAACUAUGGAAAAGAACUUUGUCUUCAAUCUCUGACUUUUACCAAAUAUUCAAGUUUACUCGUACUCUAAUUCCCAGAGAUUUUACCUGCUUCAUGUCGUUUCUUAAACGUUCAAAAAGGCUGUGCUAUAUGAAAAGAAUUCAAGAACUACAGAUAUUCAAAAUUAUGAGUGCCAACGAAAGCUACGUGAUACGAAAGAUUCUUGCCAAUGGAUUUGAUCUUAUAAUUCGCUCCCUUCACCUAAACAUAUUGGAACUUGAUUUGUAUCAAUUUAUGGAAAUACUAGGCAAUCACAAGUCAAAGACUACCCAGUUAAUAAGCGAUCUCAAACUUACAAUCUCAACAACACCAUACUAUGAGGAAAGUAUUUUGAAAACAUUACCCCAGCUACGAAGCUUGCAAUUUAUGAUGAUAAAUGGUCAUAACAAUGCUUCAGAUAACUCUAUCGAGUUGAAGAAAUUUUAUCAACAACCAGUAUCAGAAUUUUACAAUCAGACACAGGAAAUAUGCUUUUAUCCAAAACUUAAAACUUUACAUUUGAUCAGUAAUCCACAUCAAUCAUAUCCAAGAUUCAAGAUUCCAAUGGAUAAUUUUUUCAAGCUUAAUAAGGCUGCCAACUUGGAGAACCUCAUGGUGGUGGGGCUUGAAUUCAAAAAUAUCAUCAAACAAGCGGAAAAACUAAGAUCUGAUGAAACUAUUAUGAUGAGAAGAAGAAUAAUUGAGUCUAGAGAUGAAGAUCCAAAUAUUGAUACUUUGAUUCCCCAUUCCUGUGUCUUUCGUGGCCUUUUCCAGUUUCCAAAAUUAAAAUAUUUGUUUUUGGAAGGGAACAAACACUUGAAUUUUAACCAUUUCUUGCUUCAUAGGAAUGUUGUUAGUAACCUCACUUCUAAUAGUUUGGAGACUCUUGUUUUUAGAGAAGAACCAAUUGAAAGAGCACCAUUCUCACUAGUGACCCCAGAAAUGCUAUCGUAUCAUGAUUUUUCGAAAGUGAAAGAAUUGGAUCUUUAUACCAACAAAUUUGAUUUCCACCAAUUGAUGAAGAUUCUUGUACCAAUGGGUACUAACUUGGUGAAGCUAAAUAUUGGAAAUGCAAAGCAUCUUCGGUUCCCCAAUAAUGCAGUGCAAGUUCAUCGGGAGUCUGAGUCUCCUAAUUUUUUCAAUUUUGAUGACUUCUUGAGAACUGUGCCUAAUAUCCAGGAACUUUAUUUAAAUGACUGUGCCACAAUCAAUGAUUUCAGUUUGAAGUCACUAAGACAAGCUAUUUUUAAAGCUAUUGGUGAGGAUUUGACGGUUUGGCAGGACUUGAAAAUUCUUGAUUUGAGUUUUACUCACUUAACCGGACUUGGGCUUGUGGAUUUUUUCGGUUACAAAUUUAAGGAAAAGCAUGCAGCUAGCACAUCCUCUAUCACUAGUAAGGUUCAACGUCGCUCAAAAAAUUAUGUUGCACAACCAUCUGAACGCCAACCGACUUCCGCGGCUGAUGAUAAUCUGUUGCCAUUCACGUUGCUAAAGUUGUCUAUCAAUGGCAUUGAAGGCAUUAGUGGUGUUACGAUUUCCUCUUUAGUAAAGAACGGGUUUGUUGGGACAAUCGAUUACGACGAGAUGAUGGAUAAGUGGCGAAAGUUUGGAAAAAACUCGUUCCUUAUUGGAUAG